AUGGACCAGAAUGGACGCCCAACUGUCCAAGUGGUCAUCAACGGCCAUAGCCAAAUGCAACGACCCCAAAGCAACAUGGAGUUCCAAAACCAGCCCCGGCCGCUGUCUGUGGACGAAGCACUGCAGUAUUCAUCCAUGUCCAGCGCGCCAGUGUUCGGUCUCGACUGCAUUGUUCGCCCCGACGUUGGCCGAGCUUCGAAUACCACCUCCAUAAACCACGUACUCCAAGAAGGCCGCAGGACACUUAGUGAACUUGAUGCGGAGAUACAACAAGGUGGACAGAAUGAGUCGAGUCGCCUUGAGACGUCCCGAGAAUAUAUUCAACAGCUUCUGGAUGGGGAUCAGUUGACAAGAUUUAAAUUCAAGCUACCUCAGUUCCCAGUCCGGAGUCAACAGUUGAGCAAAGAUGAGUCUCAAGACAACUCUUCGGGCCGCGACAACCUAGGGUCAUUUGCACGUAUGAUGCUUGACUCUACUGAGAUUGCGUUUGGAUACCCCGAAGCAAGCUCCAAUUUCAAAGCCUUAGAGACUCCUAUACCCCAAACCCCAAACCAGCGCGCCCAUCUGCUGAACAAAUCGAAAACAACCUCAUUCUCCAACACCCCCACACCGAGCCAAUUGUCAGUGGUGAUUCCAGUUAAACCACUGCCUUCGCCAAUAUAUCACGUGAAUCCGCAAAAAGGGGACGAUGCGAUGGCGGUGCGGCUGAAGGACCAGAAAGCAGAAGCGGAUGCGGCUCUGCAGAAGUUGCAAGACCUUCUACACGAAGUCUUUGAAGCGGAAGAUCAAAUCGAACCCGAUGGCUCAAAUCCUCCCACCGAUACGCAAAACCCUAUAUUUGUCAGCCCGCAGUCAUUGGAGGUACAUGGAUUGGUGCUGUCAGCCGAUGCUCACAUUCGCCUUCAGAAAGCCCUCCGGAAAGUUGCAGGGUUCGACCGACUUCAGGAUAUACCCUCUGACUAUCUGUCUCGAAUUCAGAAACUCUGCGAAAAGCCAAUAAUUGCGGCACAGUCUCUGGGUUUGGCCUUGGGUGAUUCAACAAGCAGCAAUGAACUUGAAUCCCAAGAAUGGCUUGGAAAGGUCGAAGAUGUGUCAAUUGCACUUGUUGCAAUCAGCACGCUACUCCAAACCAUGUCCGGGCGACAGACCGAGCGGGAGCUUUGCCCCGAAGAUCUCAUCGAGGCUAUUCCAACAGUGCUCAAUCAAGUCUUUGAUCACUGUAUUAUCCCCGCUGUGGAAUCGCGUCCCGGUGGAAAGGACGGUCAACACUUCCAAUUUCUCUCGGCCCAGAAGCGGAUCAUUGGGGGCCUUGUCCACCAGAGCAAAAAGGCCAUUUCCCUGCUCGCGGACUUUUUGGCACGCAUUGACGUCUCAGAGGGCACUAUCACGGCGACAGAGUUCUUCGCGGCCAAGCUCAUCUUUGUGGAAAACGCGCACCAUGACAAAGACUCCACUCUGGGUCACCAGAAGUACGAGCCCGCGAGACGGGGCGCCAUGGACGUGCUUGCAAAAAUCUUCUCCAAAUACCCUGAUCAGCGACCUUUCAUUCUCGACGAAAUUCUGGUUUCGCUCGAAAAACUUCCUACUACGCGUCAGAAUGCCAGACAGUUUAAGGUUGCAGAUGGAAAGAACAUUCAGCUUCUUACCGCGUUAGUUCUGCAGCUAGUUCAGACGACUGCACUGGAAACCCAGUCCCGAUCGAAGGCCAAACGUCAAGUCAAGGCACAAGUUGAUGAUGAUGACGAUGAUGAGCUUAUGGGCGAUGGCAAGCACGACGAUGACGAAUCCGACGAAGAGACAGAAGCUUCACUGGAGCGGUUGGCUAGCAAGGCUAACCGGCUUUAUGACAAUGCAAUGCGCUCGGCGCAAUAUAUCAUCAACUUCAUUGUUCAGCGUGCUAUGAACUCGACCAAGACAGGUGAUCAGCCAUACCGGAACAUCCUCGACCUGUUUACCCAAGACUUGAUCAAUGUACUUGGAUUGGCCGAUUGGCCGGCUGCGGAGUUGUUGCUGCGUAUCUUGGCAUUGCGAAUGAUUCAAAUUACCGAUCAAGACAAGAGCGCGGCUAUCGCAAAGAGCAUGGCCCUGGAACUGCUGGGCUGGAUGGGAUCCGCCAUUUCAGACCUUAUAGCAACCGCUCAGCACAUGCUCCCAGCCCUUGAGGACUCAUCCGAUUCUGAACUCACGGAUUACUUGAAGCAACAGUUCGAGGAAUUUUCAUCUGGAGCGCUGCACCAGCAAGACCUUGUUGCACCCACUGGCCCACACAGGAUUGCACUGGAGCACCUCUUGCAAGACAAGAAGACCGGGGAUAAUUGGCAACUCGCCAGUGCGCGAGGCUAUUACCUGGCUCAGUGGGCCAAAACCACUUCUGCGCUUUACUACAACUCUGAAGAUAGCGAGGAGAUCGUGCACGAUGAUGCAACCGAUGAAUUGGUCGUCUUUUUGACCAAAUCUCUCUCUGAUCCACGCUGGUUAGAGACUCACCAAGAGUUUGACAGUGUGCCGCAUGUGCACGGAAAAUUUGCCUACAUUUUGACUGUUUUGAACUCGAACUUCGGCAAAGCUUUCGAUGCCAUUCUGAAAGUUCUUUUGGCCUCGUUCCUUGGUGAUUCGGCCAAGGUCCGUAGUCGCAGUCUGAAGAGUGUCAUUUACAUGCUUGAGAAAGACCCAAACCUCCUGGACAGAGACCCAUCGGUUCUGCGCGUGAUUCACCGAUGCACGACAGACGCUUCCCCUAUGGUCCGAGAUUCGGCACUGCAGCUGAUCGGACAGUGCAUCGGGUUCAAGCCGAAGCUCGAGGAAGAAGGUUGUCGGAGCAUUUUGACCUGCGCAGCCGAUCAGACGGCAGGUGUUCGCAAACGCUGCAUUGCCCUGCUUAAGGAUAUCUACCACAAGACCUUGCGCAAGGAGUUGAAGCUGGCCAUCCUGGAUAGCUUUUUACAGCGCACGGGUGACCACGAGGAGAGUGUGGCCGCUCUGGCUCGCCAGACGUUUGAAGAGAUAUGGCUCAUUCCAUUCCACAACUCCAUCGACUCGACGUCUGAUCCUAAGCUCAAGAUGGCGCUCGGGGAGCAGGUAAACCUCAUCGUGGGCCUGGCUGAGCGCAGUGAGACCGCUUUGGACUCCCUCAGUAUUUGUCUCAGCGCGGUACUCUCUGACAAGUCCAAGUCAGCGGCAUCAAACUUCAAGGUUUGUAAGGCAAUGGUUGCGACCAUGUUCCAAAGACUGGUGGAGGACUCAGAUGGUUCUCGCAAGGAAUUCCAGCAAGCCCUUCUCCAGACAAUUACUGUCUUCGCCAAGGCGAAUGCGAAGUUGUUCAGUCCGGAUCAGCUGGAGGCCUUGCACCCUUACAUUGGUAAUCUCUCAACCGCCGACGAUCUCUUCAUUUUCCGCUCGGUGGUGGUGAUUUACCGCUGCGUCUUGCCCCAUCUAUCCACCUCCCACAACACCCUCCUCAAAGAAGUUCAAAACGACCUCUUCAAGAGCGUCGCAAAGCUCUCUCGCCACGAACUAAAUGAAGUCAUGGCUUGUUUGUGGACCAUCAACGGUGUUCUGCAAAAUACGAACCGACUGGUCAAACUGUCAGUUUCUGUGCUCAAGCCGCUGCAACAAUAUAAGGGUAUGGAUCUUUCCUCGGACGCCCAUGCGGCGCACCUGGCUCGUGCGAAGAGUUACAUCCGGAUUGCAGGAUGCGUUGGACGGCAUUGCGAUCUUGAGAAGUAUGCAUCUCAUUUCAAAAGCGAGUUCCAAACCACCUGGUCCGGUGGUAGUAGUGGGUCGGUGGCAACAUUGAUGGUUGAUUCCAUCAUCCCCUUCACCGGCCCCAAUCAGCCCUCCGACCUGAGAGUCAUGGCGCUGGAAAGCUUGGGUUCUAUAUGCCAGUCGUGGCCAGGUCAAUUUGGUAGAGAGCGCACGCGACAGACAUUCGCGCAGACAUUCAAGGAAGAUGCACCUGCACUGCAGAACAUCGUCCUCCGGUCGUUUGCGGACUUCUUCGCCAUCCACGAGGGCAAGUCUGAAAAGGCCGUUAUGCCAACUGCAGAUGCAGCCGCUCAGGAAGACACUACCCGACUGGGAGGUUCUUUGAGAGCCAGCGACAAUGACGGUGCUGCUGCUUUAAUCGCUCAGCAUUUCCUCUCGAACAUGCUUCAGGUGGCGCAGUCACGCCAGGACACCUAUGCCUUGACCGCCAUCGAGCUGGUUGCCAGCAUCAACCGUCAAGGAUUGGUGCAUCCCAAGGAGUGUGCUGGUGCUCUGGUCUCCCUGGAGACUUCCACGGUCCCGGCAAUCGCAAAGGUGGCUUUCGAUACACAUAAGAUGCUUCACCAGCAAUAUGAAUCCAUGUUCGAACGAGAAUACAUGCGAGCUGUGCAGGAAGCGUUCUGCUACCAGCGGGACAUUGUUGGGGAUUCUCAAGGUGCCACUGCUCGGCCUUACGUCUCGAAACUUGCGCCGCUGUUCGACAUUGUCAAAAUAAGCAACAGUCGUUAUCAGAAGAAGUUCCUGUCCAAUCUUUGCUCCAAGGUCAACUUUGAGCUGAAGAAACUGGAUACGACUGGUAAUCCUCCAGAACACCUCCUACUCUCGCGCUUCAUCUCUCAAAACCUUGCCUACUUCGAUUAUGGCCAAUUGGCUGAAUUACUUCCAACCAUUGCUUGCGUUGAACGCAUUGUCUCUGCCACUGGAACCAUCGUUGCGCAUGCGAUUGAGACAGAUAUAUCCCCUACCCCAAUCGGUGUACCUCAGUUUGAUCCUUCGAGCAAUAUGAUCCCAGGAUACGCGCCUGAGAUGCCACCGGCAAUGAUACCGCAACAAGCCAAUCCAGCGACUUUGAGGUUGCUGGCUACUGCUGCUGCUUCGCUAUCUAUGCUCUGGGAAGCUCGAACCCAUCUCAGGCGUCUCUACGGUGUAAACUCCCACACCAAGACCAAGGAGGGUAAGCCUGUUGCGAAGGAUCUCAACAAAGCUGCCACCAAGGUCCACGGAGUGACUGGUGACAAAUUCUGGGAGGUUAUCGCUCGGAACAUGAGCGCUUUGGACAGUGAAGAGGCAAUGCACCAAAAGUGCCGUGAAUUUGCAACUUUGCUCUCCAUCGACGAGGAGUUCAAAGUCGACCCGGAUGAGGAUGCAGAAGGGGAUAGUCUAGAUGCCGCCGCCGAUGUUGAUGAGAUGGUGGCUCCCCGGAACAUGAAACGCAAGAGCUCCGUCUCUAGUUCAAACCACAACAAGCGAUCCAAGAGCCGAAAAAGUUCAUCCGGAAAGAAGAAAUCCAGCGCUGAACCGGACGACGAGCUAGAUUGGGACUGA